CUGUGACGCUACGCAAUGGACGGAAGUCGCGAAAAGUAACGGAGGAGAGCAGUGACAGAAGGAAAACGACUUUGUCUCCAUCAUAAAGUCAUGAACCACAGCGACAUGCAUCACACGCACCAUCUGCAGCACACCAUGGCUCCGCCCACCAGCACUACACACGACCAUGUAGGAGGGAAUGAUGGAGGCCACGGAGGUCAUAUGGGCAUGGUGAUGACUUUCUACUUCGGCUACAACAAUGUGGAGCUGCUGUUCACGGGGUGGCUCAUCAACUCACCUGGAGAGAUGGUUGGGGCCUGUAUAGGUGUUUUCCUAUUGGCUGUUUUGUAUGAAGGCCUGAAGAUUGGGCGCGAGGCACUGCUGCGACGCAGUCAGGUCAACGUGCGCUACAACUCGAUGUCGCUGCCGGGAACCGACGGGACGAUGCUGAUGGAGACACACAAGACAGUUGGGUAG